GCGAGUCGUUUUGAGUCAGUGGUAACCUUGAGUGCGCAAUACCGUUCGACCGCGUGAAAUCUUACAGUUUGUUGAAAUACCUGACAAAUUGUCCUUCCAAAUGCAUUCUCAUUUGGCAUGGUAACCAAUCCGGUACCUCAGCUCUCCGAUUCUCGCCAGGUAUAAAAGAGCCGUUUGAUCUUUAUUGGGGUAACAGUUAUUCCCGACACCGUUUGAUGAAUAGUUUGAACAUAUUAUCGCAACGACUCUAUACAUAUAUUCUUUGAUCUUCGCACGGCUAUUAUGGGGUCCACGUGGAUGACAGUAUGUUUGUCCGCAGUCUGUUUUCUCGCCGCGGUUACGCCCCACCCCGCUAAGGAACAGGCGGGAAAAAUGUUCAUGUCAAAGACGAAAAUGUCGGAUCUCGAAUCGUCCGCGAGUGGAUACGUUUACAAGGAUCUGCCCGCCUCGAAAUACGCGGAAAUCGUGAACGCCGGACUGGAGGAAUUCGAAGAGAAACCCGCGGUUAGUGGGCAAAAGUCCUCGAGUUCGGCCAAAAAGGAGUUCGUCCUGUUACCGUCUCUGGAAAUUGAACCCGACGCUGAAAUGUUACCGGCUCAUUACACCCGGGUCGAACCGCCGGGUGUCGAUCACAUGGAAGUGUCGUUCCUCGAGCCCAGCGCCCUCGGAUCCUACAGGAGCUCUCUCGUCGAGGGUACGCCCGAAGCGGACGCGGCUCCGGCGAAACUCGGCAAAUCCAGCGAAUUCGAGGAGGGAGCCGGCAAGAAAUUCGCCGCCGAGAGACACGCGGCCAAGGGAAACAAGGGAGAGCGGGGUCUCAAGAAGGCAGAGGAAUUCGAGGAGGCGGUGAAGGGCGAACACGACAACGAGAGUCGCAAGGGUAGCUACAGCGAGGCCGCGGGGAAGAAGAAAGCCAGCGGGGAAACGGAGAAGCACUACGCGGGGCACAAGGACGCCGCGGUUGCGAGCAAGGGGGCGAGUUACGAGCUCGAAGGGAACCACAAGAAGGGGCACAACAACGCGGGCUUUCAUAACGUCUACCAUAAAGACGAGUACAAGAAAGACUCCGAUUUCUACGACAGCGACCACAAAGGGGGCCAGUUCAAAAAGCACGGGCAUUACGGCGAGAAACACGCCGCCAGCGAAGGUGCCUACAAGAAGGGAGGUAGCCACGAUUCUGAUUACCUGGAGGCCGAAGCUGCCAAGGAGGGUGAAUUCGCGAAGGGCCGUGAAAACGAGGCGAAAAAGGGCCACGCCGCCAAGCAGGGCUACGAGGGAUUUUUCGGUAACUUUGAAGAGUUCGCGAAAAAAGGGGCGGUCGCCGAGGGCAAAAAAUACGGAUUCAGCAGCGGCGAUAGCGCGGAGAAAUGAAGCUGACCUAGGAUAGAACGAUCGUAGAAAUAGGAAUUUUUAUUGUUUUAUGUAAUCUGUCUAACUCACGCGUAUUUCACGCGUAUUCAGUGUGGUUUUCAAACGUAAAACGGACUUGUAAAAUAUCUGACCGUGAAUAAAGAUUAUGAGAACAAAAAA